AACUAAAAAUAACAUGGUGAGAAUUUCAGCUACUUUAGCUGUUUAGCUUUAAAAAUUCCCCAUAAUUCCUUUGACAACUUUAGUAUUGAUAUCUUUAGAGUCGGGAAAAAUCUCGUGAAAAACAAUCAACCAGUGUGAAACAUUCCGUACUGGACAAGUACGAGCUGGAAUCAUCACUAAGGAAGUUAAUCUUUGAGAGCUUACAAGCAUUUGAAACAUCCCUGUCUUCUCACCAAGAAGCUUUAAAUAAAGUUAUUGGUCGAGUCAACACAAAUGAGAAGUAGAUUAACUAGCUGUGAAUACAUCAUUGGUGUGACUAAAGAUCAAAGAAAUUUCAAGAAUAAGGUAUCUCUAUCUGCUCACUCUAGUUUGAACAACUCCUUGCUGAGAUGGAAGCCAGAGACCAGAACAGGAUCAAGGAGAAUAAGCGCAUCGACCAAACUCUUGAGGACUUUAAGGCUCAGAUUACAGAGGAUCUGAACUUAUCCACAAGUAUCCAAGAUUUCAAAUAAAUCUGCACAGAACGACAUAAUUACCUUGAAAUCACAGAUCUCAGAUUUUAUGAGUCUGAAUAAUGAGAUCAAGGCUUUUUGCCUUGAGAAAAUCUCUGAGAGCAAGAAGGAGAUCUUGACUGAUCUCUCUCAGCUGAAUGAUAUAUAAUAGCAGAAGCCACCUGAAAAGAUACGAAAAAUAAUCUAGAAAUAUCUAAUCUGGGAGUUAAGAUCAAAGCUCUUGAUGAGCGUGCAGACCAUUUUGAAAAUGACUUCAGUGAGAUAAAUCUCCUGUGAGACACAUUUCAAAGCUCAAAGGUAGACAAGACUUCUAUUGAGAAGUUUACAGGAAAUGUAGAGGAUCAGCUUCUAAAGUACUCUAUCGAGUAUGAGGAAGCCUUGAAUAGUUAUAAGCACACCGAUAAUUUUAUUGAAAAAUAUCUACCUAUUAGCACUCAGAAUAUGAUAUCUGACUGCUUGAAGCAAGUCUUACAGCCAAGUCAGAUCAAUAAGCUAGAUGAAUACGAUCGGAUCAAAUAUUCUAAAUUUUAUCAAGCAAUACUGGAUGAUGAUGGGGUACCCAAUAUUAAAGACUUGAUCAACAAACUGCUAGAGUCAGCUAGAACAAGGAACAAAAAACAAGCUGAGCCUGAAGAAAGUGAAGGCGAUAAAGAAAUUGCAGAUGUCGAAGAAGUCAUUGAUUACAAUGAAAUUGCCAUAAAGUACCUGGAUGCCAAGGUUACUCAGAUGGAAGCAGAACUGCAUAAGAAGAUCCGUGAGUCAGAGACUCAGAUUAACUCUCUCAUAUCCAAGAAGGAUAAUACUUCUAGUAAUAAUUACAGUGAACUACAAUUAUUGUGCUUCUCUCUUCAAGAAGAUCUUGACAAGAGCAAAACAAGCUUAAGAAAUGACAUCACUAGAGUCCAAGGAGAACUAAAUUUACUCAAACAGGGUCUUGAUGAUAUUCUGUAACAAUAUUAGCA